CGUGUUUUUUCUCCACACAGUGAGCAGCAGUCAGAGGACAUGUCUGUGGCCGGACUGAAGAAACAGUUUCACAAAGCGACGCAGAAAGUGAGUGAGAAGGUUGGGGGAGCAGAAGGCACCAAGCUUGACGAUGACUUCAAGGAAAUGGAGAAGAAAGUGGACACUACAAGCAGAGCAGUGCUGGACAUCAUGACCAAAACUACGGAAUAUCUACAGCCAAACCCAGCCUCCAGAGCAAAAUUAAGUAUGAUAAACACCAUGUCUAAGAUUCGCGGGCAAGACAAAGGCCCAGGCUACCCACAGGCUGAGAGCGUGCUUGGAGACGCCAUGCAGAAAUUCGGCCGAGAACUCGGAGAGGAGUCCAGCUUUGGUCUGGCUCUGAUAGAUGCAGGUGAGGCAAUGCGAGAGCUUGGAGAGGUGAAGGAUGCUUUGGACAUGGAGGUCAAACAGAACUUUAUCGACCCACUGCAGAACCUGCAUGACAAGGACGUCAAAGAGAUACAGCACCAUCUGAAGAAGAUGGAGGGACGGCGUCUGGACUUUGACUAUAAGAAGAAGCGUCAGGGCAAAGUGACAGAUGAGGAGAUCAAACAAGCACUGGAAAAAUUUGAUGAAUCAAAGGAGAUUGCUGAGCAGAGCAUGUUCAACCUCCUGGAGAGCGAUAUAGAGCAGGUGAGCCAGUUGGCUGCACUGGCGAAGGCUCAGGUGGAUUACCACCGACAGGCCACUGAUAUCCUCAAGCAGCUCUCCAGCAAGAUGGAGGAGAGGAUAAAAGAGGCCUCCAGUAAGCCAAGGAAAGAAUACAUUCCUAAACCACGCAUGGAGCUUCAGCUGCCCAGUGAAACUCACAAUGGAGGAAUACACAAUGCUAAAUCACCUGCUCGCUCCCCAGCUCCUCUGGAUCAGCCGUGUUGUCGCGCCCUGUAUGACUUCGAGCCAGAGAACGAGGGUGAACUGGGCUUUAAGGAAGGUGACAUCAUCACGCUGACCAAUCAGAUCGAUGAUAACUGGUAUGAGGGGAUGAUCCACGGUCAUUCGGGGUUCUUCCCCAUCAACUAUGUUGACAUCCUGGUUCCUCUGCCUCAUUAGGCCCCACCCCUUGCUAUGCUCCACCCACUUUACCACCAUUUCUGAUGAUGAUGAUGAUGAUGAUGAAGCAGUUACUUUAAUUAAUAACACAAUCUGAAGUGUUUGUGUGCCCGUGCAGUGUUGCGUUUAGAGGCGGCUCAGGUGUGUGUGUGUGUGGUGUGCACGCUUUUCUUCCACUGUUGCUGAUUUAUCUAUUUUGUUUCCUGACCUGUAUAAUUGUUGUAGUUAUCACUGAUACCAAGUAUAU